UCAUUUGAUGGCAGUGCGUUGUAGUGAUAUACAGAUAGGCAAUGCUCUUGGCUUGAACGAUGCACCCAUAUGGUCGGAGUAACUGUCAAUCAUUGCACUAUCUGUCCUUGUGUUUUCUUCCCGACUCUCUCUCUGCAUACUGUUGACUUUCUGUGAAGUGUGAAAUGGCCGAAUCGUAGCGAGUUUAGCGGAACUGUACUAUAAGUGAAUAGAAGUCCGGAUUCAACUGUGAAACAACCAAGUCAAAUGUCCUACGCAGCAAUUUGACUCAAUAUAUAUAUAUUGAGUAUAUCGUUCCCCUAUAAAUGUUUUGGUAGGGAAAAAGUGCGUGGCGGAAUAAGAAAACGCAACACGUAUCCGGUGUUCCACUCUUAGAGUGAGAGAAACGCAAAGGACCGGAGCGAGGGUGCAAGGGGAGAGGGGGAUAGUCGCAAACAGAAGAGGGAAGGGAGAGAAGGAAGACGAUUUGGUAUUUUGGCUGUAUCUACAAAUUUCACUGAAGGAAUAAUGAGGAACAUUUGGAUAAUUUUGACCCUCGGCAUGACGGCCUUUCUCUCGGGGGAAAGGAUAGCGGAUGCGGCCAAGUCGUCCUCCGAAGUGGACGAACUUUUCAUUGACGACACAGGGUCCGGGGGUUACUACCCCGAGGACGACGACGACUUUAACUCGGGGUCAGGGUCAGGCAUUGGCGAGGAGGUGUUCGAGGAGGCGGUGACCGUGAGCACGCUGUACAUUGCCCCCAAAGCAGAACCCACCAAGGACUCCACCAAAGACUUCACUCCUAGAGUGGAGACAGCCACACCCAGAGAGGACCUGCCAAUGCAAACGCCCAGGAAGCCAGUCCGAACAGAGCCCCCUGUACCCGUCACAGAGGACGAGCGUAAGAACCAGAUCACCAGCACCACCGGCGUCCCCAGCUCCCCCCUGGAGCCCAUCGAGGUGCGUUCGGAAAACCUCUUCCAGAGAACAGAGGUGCUGGCAGCUGUCAUUGCGGGCGGAGUUAUUGGCUUCCUCUUUGCCAUCUUCCUCAUCCUCCUCUUGGUUUACCGCAUGAGGAAGAAGGAUGAGGGCAGCUACGACCUGGGAGAGAAGAAACCCUCUGGGACAGCAUAUCAGAAGGCCCCAACCAAGGAGUUUUAUGCCUAAAGCCCCGCCCCCUCGCGAGAAGAUUGACAAAUCACAGUGACAGUUUAUGGCAGUCCAUGACAACGACAAAAGCUGUUAAAUUACAACAACAACAACAAAAAGUUCAACAUUUAUUGAGGAAAAAAUACAUAAAGGAAAGCUUUUGCAUAGAGUAUUGUAAUUAAGACAUUUUCUUUCUUCUUUUUUUAAAUGAAAAGCCAAGCAUUGCUUAUUUUAUGGCAAAUCUCAGUGUAUUUAAACAUUUUGUGUAUUAUUUGAAAAGGCUGAAAAAAACGAAACAAAAAACACAAUCUGUAAAGGUGAGAAAAACUGAUUCCAUCUGUCUUCUGUCAAAGGAGCUGUUUUUAGUCACUGACUACUAUUUAACUGUAGCAGUGUGUAUUUGUAAAGAAUAUUUUUAAAAGUGGAAAUAAUUGAAUAUAAUUAUUCUGUAUCAAUCCUACUUCAUAUUUUUUUUUUUCAUUUUUGUCCUAGCAUGUCUGACAUUGAUCUCUAAAAUGUGUAUUUCAUUAAUUUAUCUUUUUUUUUUCUCAGAUGUAAAAAAAAAAAAUGCCUUUGUAGUUUUCAUGAAGUACUUUCGUCUUCAUAUUAACGCUGAUAACGGUCAAUGUAAAUGUUCUCCCUUCAGGUUACAAUGUUUAUUUUCUUGCUCUCACACCCAUCUAGUGGAAAGUGAGCGUUUAAUUUAAUUUUUGUUUGUCUUGUUUUGUUUUCUUUCAAUGUUUCUCUUGGUCAAAACCAUUUCUUAUACAGCGUACGUGUUUAUAAUCGGGAAUUGGUCUUUAAAAGCGAAGAUGUGGCAGGGGCUCAAGAAAAAUAUAUAAGAUCUACUUUACAGUGUGUCUUGUGGAUGUUUAUGUCAUUUUAUUUAAUUGCAUACAACUUUUCACAUUUCACAUUCACUGCAUUGCUCCUCUGCUGGUCUCGUUCAGCUCAGAGCGUUUAGUAUAUUUGGGGUUAAAUUUGGCUCAGGGGCGUUGGCUCCCUUCCACCCCCAAUAUUUCCCCCUAGUUUACUUUGCCUGUACCACCUCUGACUCUCACCCCCAGCACUCUCUCCAUCUCCUCAUGGUAAUCAGAUUGGACCAGAGCCAAUGGACCUGUCGGCCCCUCCCCUUUGUCUCACUCCACUGUGUUGCCAGCGCGCCCAGUGUUUUUGUCUCCCCGUGUCGCUGGUUUAGUCAGGAGAUCCUUUCUGGCGGCCUGUUAUGUACUACUGGACACGCACCAGCUGCCAAUUGAAAUGAGUCAGCUCUGUGCGGAUGGCAGCGAUGUUCCCAGUGGUUCAGUACCAGUUGUUAAGAGUGAAAUGGAACUUUGGAUCCUUUUUCUAAAGCUUCAAGUGUUGUGGUCAGUCAAUGCAUCUCGAUUUGAGCUAAUCCCAAUACAGGUGCUGGUCCGCAGAAUUGCUCUGUUUACCGGGGAAGAGCUUUCCUGAGAGCGAUUAUCAGACAGUGUGAGGUUGGUUACCAAGCACAAAACAUGUACCGACAAAAGUACAAAGGUACGGGAUUGACCUGUUGUUGCCGUCACCCUUUCUCAUUAAAACGGUCCCCUCUGCAUGAACCUGCAACGAGGAGAAAGGUACAACAGAUAGUGAAGUUGCCUUUUUUGAGAUGCUGAGCUGUGCGGUAAUGUGAAAUAGACGUUGUCAUCUGAACUCCUACCACCAAUCUGAGGCCAUCCUCCUCCAUGCAACCCUUCCUCCUCCUCCUUCCCCACUCUGCUAUACCCUCAAGCUUCUGCCCUCUACCUGCAACCCCCCCCCCUCCCCUCUCUCUCUCAGCUUAUCAUAGAAAGGAAGGUACUGAACUGCAGAAACAAAACCCAAAGACGGUAUUCUCACCAUCACUAUACAUAUUCCCAUUAUGGCCACAUUUCUUUCUUUGUUUUAAAAAAAUAUAUAUAUAUUUUUAUUUCUAUUAGAGCUCUGACCAAUUGAGUCCAAUUGCUUAUUAGUAUAUGAAAAGAUAUAUUAUAUAUACACAAAUGUAUAUUCACCAAUGUUUUAAACCUUCAAAGUGCCUACCAUUUGGAAAUGUACCCGCUCUCUUGGAGAGAAUAGGGAGGUGCGUACAUUACACCAGGGGGGUGAUGAUAAUGACUGGCAUUUUCUUUUUCUUUUUUUUGUCUUACAAAAGCAGACAGUAUUGUACCUAUACGUUGAAACAACACUACUGAAUAAACAUUGUGGCCUAA